UCUCUUCAAAGCUUCUCAUCAGCCGGUUUCUAACGUUGCCAUCCUAACGAGCUGGCGCUAUCUACCCGUCACUAGAAGGUAUCGCGGCUAUAGUCAGCGGCUUACCCAGCCAAGCUUCAAUAGUUGCUUAUCCCAAGCAACUACGGCAACAAUGGUACCAUUUGGCAAGCCAAUGCGCGAGGCCCACUUCGGCUUCGCAGAUUCCUAUGUGCCUCUGAAUCACGGUUCCUUUGGAACAUUCCCUAAUGCCGUACGCGAGUAUCAGCGGAGGCUACAGGGCGAAACCGAGGCUCGCCCUGAUACCUUCAUCAGAUUUACGUAUCCUAAGCUCCUGCUUCAAGCACGACAGGCCAUUGCACCACUGCUAGGGGCUGAUGCCGAAGAGGUGGUCUUUGUGCCAAAUGCUCUCACCGGCAUCAACACGGUUCUGAGAAAUCUGACGUAUGUAGAAGGCGACGUGAUUCUCUAUUUCAGCACCAUAUACGGUGGAUGUCUUAAGACAGUUCUCUCGCUCGAGGAGACGACUCCCGUUCGUGGCUAUUGUAUUGACGUGCUCUACCCUAUCGAGGACGAUGAGAUUCUCAAUAAAGUAAAAGUUGCACUUGCCGCGAUACAGCAGCAGGGGAGACGAGUUGUGUUGGCUUUGUUUGAUACAGUCCUAACAUUUCCUGGUGUGCGAUUUCCCUGGGAGUCGCUCGUCCAAUUAUACAAGCAACAUGGCAUUUUAACUUGCAUCGAUGCUGCUCACGGCAUAGGCAAUAUCGGGUUGGCCCAUCUCGCUGACGUCGGGCCUGAUUUUGUCAUUAGUAACUGUUAUAAGUGGCUCAUGGUUCCUCGUGGGUGUGCAGUCUUAUACGUUCCUAAACGUAAUCAACACUUGAUUAAAACAACAUACCCCACGGAUGGUCGCUAUCUAUCUCAAGCCGAUAGGAAAUCUAUUCCGUCCACGAAAUAUUUUGGUGAUCUCUUUGAACACGUUUCUACCAUAGACACGUCGCCCUAUUUGUGUGUAUUAGAGGCCUUGAAGUUCAGGAAUGAGGUAUGUGGUGGCGAGGAACAGAUACGUACCUACUGCAUAGGGCUCGCGAAGCAAGGCGGGGAGCUGAUGGCCAUGCUCAUGAGUACAGAAGUCCUCAAGAGUAAGACUGGCACUCAGCAAGAGUGUUGCUUCACGAACGUAAAACUUCCCCUCAGCGUUGUUAAAGACAGGUCCGUCGGCGGUGCUCCGGCGGUCAGAGGAAUUCUCCCUGGUGACGCCCAAGACGUAGCCUAUUGGAUAACAGAGAGGAGCGUGAACGAAUUCGACACGUAUCUAGCGGUCAGAUAUUAUAACGACGGCUUUUGGGUACGGCUCUCGGGCCAAGUCUACCUCGACCGCAGUGACUUCGCGUGGGCUGCGGGGGUACUGCUUGAACUCUCUGCUAGGGCCGAACGAGGUGAUUGGAAGUCAGGCACAAGUAUUCUGCCCGACUCACGAGUAGAUUACCGGUAACCGGGUGUCUGUGAAGGCCAAUGGGAAAGACUCAUAAAUGCAUGUUUCGCACCCCGCGCUUCUUGAUUGCUGAGAUCGGGAUGAUCAAGAACCGAGGGUUAGUUACCCCAAGCCA